CAAGCAUUAGCACGACUUUAUUUAAACUUUAUUUUUUUACGACAAAAAGUAUUCAAAAAUUUGAAAUUUUAUCUUUAUUUUUAAAAACUACAAAAAAAAAUUAAGAUUUAUUUUUGAAAAUUUUCGAAAAUAUCGUGUUAGUUCACUUUGGCAAAGUGGCAAACCGUAAAGCAAGUCGGUCGAGUACGGGUGCGGUUGCGCGCAUUGUCUUGUGAGUAGAAAAGUACCACCAUUGUGUUAUUUGAUGUGGUCUUGGUAUUUUCAGUGAAUUUCUAGUGCAAUUUUGUGAAAUAAUUCUGGAAAAAUUGAAAAAAUAUUCAGAAAUAGUUGUGUCAUCGCAUGUGUCCCAAAAAAUUCGUGUAAAAUUGUCCGAUAACAAAAGUCUGUGCCGGCAAAACAAAGAACUGCCAUUACGGAAAGUUUCCCGGCAAAAUAUCGAAAAAGGCGAAAAAGUUAAAUAAAAUUGUCGAAAUCCCGUGUAAAGGUGCCGCAAAGCCCAAAUAAAUGCAUUGCCGGAGCUCAUCAGCCAACUAUCACGUAGAAAAAAGUGAAAAUUCUCGAGGAAAAAUACAAAAAUAAUUAUUUCCCUUACAUAUUUUGAAAUACACAGAAAUCGAUUUUUUUGUUCCAAGCCAAGAACCAAUCAGAAACGAUUCUAGCGGUCGUCGGAAUAAAGCUGUACGCACCAAACAAACUUUAUUACAGUCAGUAGAAAAAAACACUUUAUGGAGAAUAGUAGUACUGUAAAAGAUAGAAGAUAAAUAAGAACAUUUUUAUUAUGUUCUUAAUAUUUAUUAUUAAUAAAAAAUAUUAAAAAUAAGUGAAAAAGUGACUAAAAUUAAAAUAAAAAAAAAAAUAAUAAAUAAUUAAGCUCUAAUUAUAAGGAAAACCGUGGAAAAGCUUUUAUUUAUACAGUAUUUAAAAAAAAAAUUACAUAAAAAUGUUUGAAUUCGAAGACAUGUCCAGUGGAUUCCACGAUCUUUUCUUAAACAAAUAUUCGGAUCCCACACCGAUCAUGGAUCUCUACAUAUCCGAUUCGAUGCAAGACAUGCUCGACAUCGACAUCAAGUCGGAAGUAGCUACAGUGGUCGGCGGUGUCAACGAGUUCUCGUCUCUGAUGAACAAUGAGCUGCCGUCACUGGAAAUCGGUGGCGAUUCCAAUUCGAACGAUUGCGAUACCUCAGCAUGGUUAGGAGGUCCUAAAUGGUCGGCCGUCAAUACGGACAUCUAUGCCGAUGUGGGUGCAUGCGUGAAUCCCAAUUCUGUGAUGCCUGUAAUUUCGAGUUCGUCAGUCAACAAUACGACAAAUUCGGCAGUCGCUAGUGUUGCGUCGCUCCUAAAAUCCCCGAAAAAUCAGUUGGACUUGAACACAAAUGUGAUGGGAUCGGAUGUGCAGAUGCCGAGUCCGCGCGAAAGGAAGAGCCACUUGACGUUCUCGCCAAACAUGAUCAAGAUACCGAUGGUGAAAGAUGCACCACCCAAACCAUCUAGUCUGGCACGCACCAACAACGGCAUCGAUGCCGUGCGAAAAGAUCUGAAUGACGAGCUGAAGGACAUCAAAUACGUACAAAAGCCCCAAAAAAUCCUAAGCAAUAGUCAGCUGAUAAACGACCGCGGCAGCGCAUCGCCGAAUCUCGUGCGAGCGAAUGGCGGUAACACGAUCAAGCUUGCCGGCGGUAUCGGUGGACUCACGUUCGCCAAUAGCAUGCAAUUCAACAAGUUGAAGCAGAGUAUUCAGCAGAAGACAUUUAAUCAAAAUGGUAGUUUUAAACGUGAUCGUUCAUCUAGUCCAUCUCCAGCGCAAUUCCAGCACACCUCGCAAAACGGCACUAUGAAUUCGGCAAAUGGCGGUGCGAAUUCGCCGAAAAUUUUCUCGCGCAUUAAUGCCACCAACAAUGCUCAGCAGACAAAACUGAAACAAAAACCCACGGGACACGAAUUCCCGAAACCGGCCUACUCCUAUUCGUGCUUAAUUGCCAUGGCGCUGAAAAACUCCCGCAGCGGAUCACUGCCAGUCUCCGAAAUUUACAGCUUCAUGUGCGAGCACUUUCCGUAUUUCAAAACAGCACCAAACGGAUGGAAAAACAGUGUGAGGCACAAUUUGUCGCUCAACAAGUGUUUCGAGAAAAUCGAAAAGCCCGCGACAAAUGGCGGACAACGCAAGGGAUGUCUGUGGGCCAUGAAUCCAUCGAAAAUUGCAAAAAUGGACGAGGAGGUGCAGAAGUGGUCACGCAAAGACCCCAUGGCGAUUCGCAAAGCAAUGGUGUUCCCGGAACAUUUGGAGGCACUAGAACGCGGUGAGAUGAAGCACGGCAGCACCGGCGAAAGUGACAACGAAAAUGACGGCGAAGAAAAUGAAGAGGAACAAAGUGAUGCCGAAGAAAUUGACAAUGAAGUUGAUGAAACGUUCAUCAAUACGCCACCGGAAUCGUGCGAGGAUGAAGAACCCGACGUUGAUUUCGAUGUUGAGGUUGGCGAGUUCUAUGACGACCUCAGUAUCAAUACAAAAAGCGACAUUCUUGAAUCCAUUAGUCAAAAAGCAUUUCUAAGUGACAUUAGUAGCUUAGACGACACAAGCGACUUAAUACUCCCAAUGGCAAAACGUCCUAGACUAGAUCUAAACUACUCCAUCACCACAACACCGACCAACGGUAUCGUUAACGGUCAUUUGGUUACCUCACAAAAAACCGGCAUCAUCCUUAAUGGAUCAACAGCACUUAGCAAUGGACAUUUAACACAUCAAACCUCGCCACAUCAAAUAAUCGGCAUAAAUCAACGUCGCAAGGCACCCCUGAUAAACAGGGUGGUGUAAGUAUUUUUUGUGGACAAAUGAAUCAGAUCAAAAAAAAUGAAUUGUAUGAAACGUACAACCAUAAAUUAUAAAUACAUGUCCAAUAUAUAUAUAAAAAAAAACUUAAUAUUAAAAAAAAAUUAUAUAAAAAAGAAUUAGUCUGUAAAUGGUUUUGUACUGUUUUGAAACAAAAAAAAGUGAGAAAGAGUUCUUUUUUUAUUUUAAAAAUUUUAAGAAUGUGAAUUUCGAAUUGGAACUAUAGAUUGUAUAUAUUAGCUUGUAAGAAAAUCAAAACAGGUCCAUAAACUAAAUUUUAAAUUUAAAAAUAAAAAUAAUUUUUCUCUUUUGUUGAAAUUUGUAAAAAAAAAUAAUUUAGUUUUUGUACAUUUAAGUUAACACAAGUCGAGCGAAUGUAUAGAAAAACGACAAAAAAAAGUACAGUCAUGCAUUUAAUUUCGGGCUACUACUAACUCACAACAAUUUUCGUUUAGCUUUAUCAUUUAUAAGUACCUGGUGUAUAAAUUGAUUAAAAGUACGAUUUAUGUUCAGUACAUGCGUACAUUAAAAUAUAAGAGAAAAAAAAAACAAUUAAACUAAAAAAAAAUAAUAAAUGUUCCAUUUUUUAACAUGAAAACUAAUCAAAUUUUUACACAACUAAU